UCAAAAAAAGACCAAAAUGAAACUCUCUAAUAUUCUCUUGCUUAGUGCUUUCUUUGUCGCUUUUCUCUUCUUCGAUUCCGCUACUGCUUGUGCUCGUACUACCACGACAGUUACGAAAAUAACCACUAUUCCAACAACAAUCACUAAAGCUACUUGCUUGACGAUCGGUACAACUACCACUCUUAGCAUUACUUCCCCAACAAUCAUUACCAAAUGCACUCCUACACCAACAUGUACAUGUAAUCCGCAUAUUAUAGGAGAUUGCUGCCGACACCCCGUAACCAUCAAAAGUCUUAGCCUUAGUCUUAAAACGAUUAAAAUUAAAACGCUUGUACCUGUAACAACGAUCUGUGUAAAACCACCAAUUUAUUAAAUAUAUAAUAUAUACCGAUUUUCAAGAUGUAAAUAAUUUCCCUUGGACCUUAAAUUUUGUAAAUAAUAUUAUAAUAUUUGUAGUUUUAUAUUGUGUAUAUAUCUUUAUCCUAUAAAACUUUUUUUUCCUUUUGAUAUAUAUAUAUAUUAGAUUUCUUUUA